AAACGCUAUCAGUGGGAUCAGCAAGCUCAUGGUAGCAGAAACGACUCCAAGAGUGUGUAUGAAUGCAGCAGUUUAUGGUGUCUGAAUGACCCCUGGCCUAAUUCAAUUCGAAAAAUUCAUCGUCGAACAGCGCAGGUGGUGCAACCAGAGCCAAAAGUUAAUGUCACCAAAGCCAUAAGGUAAUAUCACCAGGGCCGUUAAGUAAUGCCACUAGAGUUAUGAGGUAAUGUCGCCAGAGCCAUGCGGUAAUGUCACAAGAGUCAUAAGGUAAUAUCGGCAGAGCCAUGAGGUAAUGUCGCCAGAGCCAUGCGGUAAUGUCACCAGAGCCAUAAGGUAAUGUCGCCAGAGCCAUAAGGUAAUGUCAAGCGAAUUGUCUGAGCACACACAUAUUGGCGCUUCAUUAACUUCUGUUGACUUAAAUUUAGCCGAUGUGUAGUUUGAUAACAUAGGGCGCGAGUGUUGAGUUUCAGACCAGGCAUCCAAGUCAUAAGUCAAACACUCUUGACCGAAGUCAUAAGUCAAACACUCUUGACCGAAGUCAUAAGUCAAACACUCUUGACCGAAGUCAUAAGUCAAACACUCUUGACCGAAGUCAUAAGUCAAACACUCUUGACCGAAGUCAUAAGUCAAACACUCUUGACCGAAGUCAUAAGUCAAACACUCUUGACCGAAGUCAUAAGUCAAACACUCUUGACCGAAGUCAUAAGUCAAACACUCUUGACCGAAGUCAUAAGUCAAACACUCUUGACCGAAGUCAUAAGUCAAACACUCUUGACCGAAGUCAUAAGUCAAACACUCUUGACCGAAGUCAUUGACUCAAAAUAAAUAUAUAUUUAUACAAUUCUUUUCGAAAAUAAAAUAAAAUUGUGUAUGCUGUGGGAAAAAAAGGUUGGGGGGGGGGGUUUGAUGUUCCCAACGUAUUUCUAUUUUUUUAAAUAGUCUGUUUCAAAGUUCAAACCUUUAAAUAAUAUCAAUGUAUGUCAGAAUAAAUAUGUAAAUAAAAGUAGGGCAUACACAUGAUCAAGUUACAUAAUUAACUUGGUGUGCAUUCAUCUGACUUAUUCAUGCUGGGGAUGUGCGGUGAGGAAUAGAGAUAAAUUGUAAUUGUGUGUAUAGGGUAGUGGGGGAGGCUAGGCUAGAGCCUUAGAUAAUUUAAGGCUUUGGUCCAUAUUGAAUGUUCUCGAGCAUCGUUAACAUAUAUUCACAUUAAUUAUUACAACAACUUCCAAACCAUAUGUACACAUAUACGUAUUUACCAUGCAUUUGUUCAAUUGUACUAAACAUAUGUGGUUAUAUUUACUUUAUAUUUUAAUAACCUAUAGAAUCAUAUGUGCGCAUCUUCUUGAUCAUAUUGUGAUGAACACAAUGGGGAUUUGUACAUAUAGAUUUUAUAAUAUUUAAAAAAAGCAUGGAUUUUGAGAUGUAGGAUAAGUAUGAGUCAGGACAAACGACAAUGUAUGAGAUGGAAAAGAGGACAAAAUAUGUGUUAGGACAGAGGACUAUGCAUGAGUUGGGACAGAGAACAGUGUAUGAGUUGGGACAGAGGACAGUUUAUGAGUUGGGACAGAGGACAAUGUAUGAGUUGGGAUAGAGGACAAUGUAUGAGUUGAGAUAGAGGACAAUAUAUAAGUUUGGACAGAGGACUAUGAAUGAGUUGGGAUAGAGAACAGUAUAUGAGUUGGGACAGAGAACAAUGCAUGAGUUGGGACAGAGGACAAUGCAUGAGUUGGGAUAGAGGACAAUGCCUGAGUUGGGAUAGAGGACAAUGUUUGAGUUGGGACAGAGGACAAUGCAUGAGUUGGGAUAGAGGACAAUGUUUGAGUUGGGACAGAGGACAAUGCAUGAGUUGGGAUAGAGGACAGUUUAUGAGUUGGACAGAGGCCAAUGUGUGAGUUGGGAUAGAGGACAAUGUAUGAGUUGGGACAGAGGACAAUGUAUGAGUUGUGAUCGAGGACAAUAAAUGAGUUGGGAUAGAGGUCAAUGUAUGAGUUGUGAUAAGGACAAUUCAUGAGUUAGGACAGAGGACAAUGCAUGAGUUGUGAGAGAGGACAAUGCAUGCGUUGUGAGAGAGGACAAUGCAUGAUUUGGGAUAGAGUACAAUGCAUGAGUUAGGACAGAGGACAAUGCAUGAGUUAUGACAGAGGACAAUGAAUGAGUUGUGAGAGAGUUGGGAUAGAGGACAUAAAAGAUCUUCCACUUUUCCCUUCAUCGCCACCAUUCCAGUUCCCUUUAGGCCAUCUUGCCACCUGUGUAGCUGAUUUUGGGCCUCCAAGCCACAAGUGGAUUCCACGCCUCAUUAACAUUUUAAGGCUCCACACACUUUUCCAUAUGUGGAUUUCAUAUCCUCUUACCCUUUUAGGGUUUUGCACCCUCUAGCCACAUGUGGAUUUCAUAUCCUCUUACCCUUUUAGGGUUUUGCACCCUCUAGCCACAUGUGGAUUUCAUAUCCUCUUAUCCUUUUAGGGUUUUGCACCCUCUAGCCACAUGUGGAUUUCAUAUCCUCUUACCCUUUUAGGGUUUUGCACCCUCUAGCCACAUGUGGAUUUCAUAUCCUCUUACCCUUUUAGGGUUUUGCACCCUCUAGCCACAUGUGGAUUUCAUAUCCUCUUACCCUUUUAGGGUUUUGCACCCUCUAGCCACAUGUGGAUUUCAUAUCCUCUUACCCUUUUAGGGUUUUGCACCCUCUAGCCACAUGUGGAUUUCACGCCCUCUUAUCUUUUUAGGACUCCACACCCACUUGUCCCAUGAGAGUUCCAAGCUUUCUAGCCACUUAUGUGCUUCUCACACUGGCACCCUAUGUGGUGGUUAACACCCUCUUGUCACUAACGGGUUCCCCGUUUUGGGGGGAUCUGGUGGAAAUUGUAUUUUUUUACCCUGUUUGUCCUAUGCUUCUCCAGUGACUCGGGAUAUAACAAUGAUCAUUAUGAUUGGCGAGGCUUAAACUUAAGUCUUAUGGUUGUAUUAGCAAAAAAUAUAUAUUUUGAAAUUUUGUGGUAUUUUGACAAUCUUCACUUCAAUAUGACUGUAAUAUUAAAUCCUAAAUUUUAUUGAUUGCAGUACCCAAAUAUGCCAAUAACAACCUUUAUGUGUUUGUUUUGAAUAUUUACACAUUUCCUGUCUUCACUUAAAUACAUUUUAUAAUUUCUCCUCAGAUGGCCACAACAGACACCAACCCAUGGCUGGAAGUGUCCAAGACUUACCAUGUCCACCAAGAAACUCUUGCGUACACACAGGCCUGCCUAGCCAUGGGGAGCAGACCUAUCUCGGAACUCUCUAUAAAAGAAGCCCGGGCGCAUGCCCUGAAAUUUAACAUCACCUUCAACGGAAGCGUCCCAUUCGACGGCGAAGAAACCGAAUUCACCAUCCCGUCGCCUAGCAAUGAAGAGGGCGUUCCCGUCACGAUCUACGCCCCUAACUCUCGCCCGGAUGUCCCGGCAAUUUUAGUCUAUUUCCACGGCGGGAGCUUGAUCAUGGGAAGCCGGAAAACCCACGAAAAUUCAUUGAAAAGGAUCUCAGAACAGUCUGGUGCCAUCAUCGUCAGUGUGGAGUACCGUCUUCUCCCGUGCGAAGAAGAUCCUCUCGCUCCUUUCAACGAUGCGGUCGCCGUAACGGAAUGGAUUAUGAAGUUCCGCGAAGCCGUGGGCGGGGCUCGCGACAGUAAGAUUGGCGUUGGUGGCGACAGUGCCGGGGGUCAGAUCACGUGCAGCGUCAUCAACGACAUACACGACCUUGACUUUCAAGUUCUCAUCUACCCGGUGACGGACUUCUCCUGCAGUCUGCCAUCUUUCCAGGAAUUCCGUAAAAUCCCAGCUUUCAACACGGACGCCCUCGAGUGGCGGUUCACCAUUACAAACCCACCAAUACCGGACGCUGGCAGCAACCCCCGCGUCAACCCAUCGGCAAGGCUGAACCUGGAGUUAUCUCCCCCUACGUUAAUCGUCUGCGCACAGCUGGAUCCCGUCAGAGAUGCCUGUUUGGAAUUUGCGAACAAACUGAGAUCUGCAGGGGUCGAGGUGAAAGAGGUGAUGAUUGACGCGGUGCCUCAUGGAUUUUUCUCAGUCCCUGGCAUCUUCAAAACCAAGGCGGCGGAAGCAUUCAAGCACGUUUCAGAGUUUCUCCAAAUGUUUUAACACCAGCCUCAAACAAAUGUUUUAACACCAGCAUCAAACAAAUGUUUUAACACCAGCCUCAAACAAAUGUUUUAACACCAGCAUCAAACAAAUGUUUUAACACCAGCAUCAAACAAAUGUUUUAACACCAGCAUCAAACAAAUGUUUUAACACUAGC